ACAUACUUUCACAUGUCAGCUACUAAGCUGCUACACUCUGUUACGUCUAAACUGUUUCUACUCUCUCAUUAAGUUUCUACCUUGCAACACCUUAUUUAGCUCUUAUAUUUGAACAAAAUGGACAACGAGUUAUUAUCGGAGCUAAUGACAUGUGGGAUCUGCAUGGAAACCCUGACGGAGCCUCACCAGUAUCCAUGUGGACACAGCUACUGUCUGGCCUGCAUGGCUGAGUUGAGGAGCAGAGGGGAGUACCGCUGUCCCGAGUGUCGGAAAGAGUUCCCAGCUAACAGCGAUGUCAUCAAGAGCUACCGUCUGGCUAACAUCGUUGAUGCCUACCAGAGGCCUGGGUCAUCUCAGUUUUCUCCCCAGAUACCUCCAUUUCCAGGAGGUGGGUCAGGCAACAUGGCGACAUGGCCACAGGUGUUGCUCAUAAUCCUAGCGAGCGCUACUUUCUUUAAAGUGCUUAGCCUUUAUAAUGCAGAAAAUACAGAGCGACUGGGAUCUCAGACAGAGCCUGACAUCUGUCCUGCUGACCUGGAACACCAGAAUCUGAAGAAGGGAGGUGUCUCUGAGGCGGUCUGGUUCCUGGUGUCUUUUCCCUUCUGGUGUGUCUGGGUGAUCCUCUACAGCCUGUAUGGAUUGCUGGUUUGGCUCAUUUCAUCGGUUUUCUCCAUAAUCUAUUUUAUUUUGGCAAACAUCAUAUUCCAAGGCAUUCUCCUACUGUGUGGAAUUGUAUACAAUAUAUUCAAUAACUUUGUCUAUACUGUUGGUAGUAUCUCUAUUCUCUAUGGGAUCGCUCUCAUUAUCCGUAGGGAAUAAUGGACAAUUCUAUUCUUUAGAUUGCGAUAGGCUUUAAUAAUGUCCUUUAAUUGGGCACUAUUUUACAUUUCGUAUGACUUGAAAUGCUGUUUCCCAUGGAAAAUAUUAACAAACCAAAUAAACAAUCACAUCCAUAUGCAAGAGC